GAUGACGACAGAUAAUCCAGUAUCGUCUAGGAUCAACAACAGCACUCUCACCGGUUUAACUCGAUCGACAGUCAUCAGUGAGACGUUGCCACUGCUCUAGACCGUCCGAACAUUCAACGCCGGCUCCAUAAAAUAAGGUGAUAAUGACAUCAUUCCGGCUGGCAAAUUUGACCGUCUUUUUGGUGUUGCUGUUUUGUUUUAUGAGAGGGGUCCAUUCCGCGGAUGAUUUGUCUAAAAUUCCCGAAAUCAAAGGCUACGAGCUGCACUGCAUCGAAGCUAGUGGAAUCACUGAGUCAUCGGCGAAGAAGCUUCGCAACGGAGACGAUAUAGCCAGCCCCGAUCAGUCGAUCAAGUGCUACGUUCAGUGCUUCUUCUCCAAACUGCGACUGAUGAACGAGAAAGGUGUGGUGCAGAAGGAUAAGGUGUUGUCGUUACUGGGCAAGCUGAUGGAGGAGGACAAGGCCAAGAAGCUUGCGGAGAAGUGCGAUUUGAGGAGGACCAAUCCAUGUGAUACGGCGUACGCUAUGUAUGAUUGCUACCGCCAGAACAAGGCUAAGCUGUUGUGAUGGGGUGGUGCCUAAUUUAGCUAAUAGGUUCAGUUGAAGCUACAGUUAGUUCUGCAUAUUUCGAUGCCGAAGGGAUCACCGUGGUAGAGAGAUGUUGAGAUUGUUGCCGACUUGGGAGUCACUGAGGAAUAUCCCUUGCUUGAACUACAACGCACGGAGCAUCACGCUACCUAACGUUGAUGGUUUACACAUUGUGUUUUCUAUAGCACUGGAGAACGAUAAUAGGUCAUUGUUAAAUCUUCAGAUAAACAGAAAUCACGUCGAUCAAAUUGAUAAAUUGAAUUCCUGGAUUAAAAUUAUAUCAGUUGCAUUAAAACUUAUAAACUACUGUGAAUUUAAAAACUUAUACUACAUUGUUUCUUAUAAUAGUGAGUAAAAACUAAUGAAAUUAUAACUAGAAAUCCUAACUAAUUAUCAUCCAUUGAAGAUUGAAGAUCUAUAUACAGUAGGAAGAUUAGUUGGGACGAAAUCCAGAGCGAGGUUAGACUCAAUGUGAGUAUCGAAAAUCAGCAAUUGAAUUUAUAUAAAACUAAUUAAAUAAACAGCUUUUAGCAACUGUCGCUACUGAUGAA